UAGUAAUCUCUCUCAUGAUGAAGAACACCAUGGCUUCUCUUACUCAUCAACUCCCUCUUCUGCUUACCUUUGUGGCAUCAUAUGCAUUUGUUCUUACCACAACUAGUGUGUUCUCAUCGAAAGUUUCAAUGAAAGAAACAAUUUUGGAACCUUUCAAGUGCUCCACAAACAUAAAAACAUGCAAUGCCUCACUCUACCACAUAACCUACGGGGAUAAUGAUGAUGACCAAACCAUACAACAUUACAUAUCUUCCAACUACACAAACUCCUCCCAAAUCAGACCAAUCACACGUGGCACAAGACAAGACCACCUCAUAACAGUGCCUUGUUCUUGCAGAAACAACAACAACCUCAACGGUUAUUACUAUGACACAACCUACACUGUGAAGCCAAAUGAUAAUUUCUAUGACAUUAAUAACUUUGUUUACAGUGGUCAAGCGAUGCUUAUAAAUGGUGUUUUGUACCCGGGUCAGAAUCUGAGUAUUCAUAUUCCCUGUGGGUGUUCAGAAAUUGAGUCACAAAUUGUUGUGACUUACACGGUUCAAAGAAAUGAUACCUCAUCUGGAAUAGCUAAGCUUUUGAAUUCUACGGUUGCUGAGAUGGAGAGUGUGAAUCAUCUUUUGGAUCAGAACCCAUCAUACAUAGAUGUGGGUUGGGUUUUGUUUGUUCCUAGCCAUUUUAAUGGAAUUCCACUGCCUCCAACAAAAGAAAAGAAACCAAAGUGGCAGAUAAUCACUGGGGUCUUAGUGAGUGUGACAUUACUGUCAAUGAUUGCCGUCAUCUUUCUCAUUCUCAGGAGAAAUAGGGAUAACGCAGCAUCCGCCACAAAUAAUCCAAAAAGUGUCACUAAAAGAUCGAUUUCCAAAAAGAACUCUGACAUUCAUAAAGAAUACAUGCAAGUAAAUGUUGGUGCAGAUGCUACAUCAUUUGAGUCAGAAAGACCAGUAAUUUACUCAAUUGAGGAGAUAGAAGAUGCCACAAAUAACUUCGAUGAAAACAGAAGAAUUGGGGUUGGUGGAUAUGGCAGUGUAUAUUUUGGAAUGUUAGGCCACAAGGAGGUUGCUGUGAAGAAGAUGAAGUCCAAUAAAUCCAAGGAGUUCUUCGCAGAACUCAAGGCCUUAUGUAAGAUCCAUCACAUAAACAUUGUGGAGUUGUUAGGGUAUGCAAGUGGAGAUGACCACCUUUAUUUGGUGUACGAGUAUGUUGCAAAUGGAUCUCUGAGUGAUCAUCUUCAUGAUCCUUUACUUAAAGGUCAUCAGGCUCUAUCUUGGUGUGCUAGGACUCAGAUUGCAUUGGAUGCAGCAAAAGGAAUUGAAUACAUACAUGAUUACACAAAAGCACAAUAUGUUCACCGUGAUAUAAAGACUACUAACAUUCUUCUUGAUCAGAAACUCAGAGCCAAGGUAGCAGAUUUUGGCCUCGCAAAACUGGUGGAACGGACCAAUGAUGAAGAAUUCAUUGCAACAAGGCUUGUUGGAACACCAGGCUACCUUCCACCCGAAUCUGUGAAAGAAUUACAAGUAACCAUAAAAACGGAUGUGUUUGCAUUUGGAGUAGUUCUAUCAGAGCUGAUAACAGGAAGACGUGCGCUAUUUCGUGACAGCCAAAAACCCAAUCAAAUGGAAUCUCUUAUUUCACUUGUUAAGAAAAUAUUCCAAGAUAAUGAUCCCGUCACUGCUUUAGAAAAUGUCACAGAUAUGAAUCUUCAACAUAACUAUCCUAUAGACGCUAUCUACAAGAUGGGAGAAAUAGCAGAGUGGUGCAUGAGGGAGGAACCAAUGGAGAGGCCUGAAAUGAAGGAGAUAGUUGGCGCGUUGUCAAAGAUAGUUAUGACAUCCAUCGAGUGGGAAGCAUCGCUCGGAGGAGAUAGCCAAGUUUUCAGCGGCGUAUUUAUUGGAAGAUGAUAACCAUUCAAUUUCAACGAUUGAAACGUUUUAUUUCUAUUGUAAAUGUUU